CCAAGGCUUUCCAGCGGGUCUGAGGAUGCACACUCUUGAAUCCACCCAGUGCCGUUGGCAUGUGCAUACCGAUUUCCCAAGGCCCUUUGUCGUGGCCGUGCCAGCCCAGAAUUGCUCCCCCAGGCCCUUGUUGGCAGGCACGAGGCGGGACGGCUCCUCGACAGACAGCGACGACGAAAGUGCUUGCGCUCAAAUCGCCCUGCUGCUCGACACCGACCCUCCCAUCGCCUUCGGCCUCGAGCUGCACUCUCCGACAAACCCCGCACCAUGGACUGGUCGUCCAGCUACGUUCGCAUCGGAGCUGUCUCUCUGCUUUCCGUUGGCUCAGUCUGGGCCUACCGACAGUUCUUUGCCGUCCAGGGCAGGAACCGCGGGUGCUUCCGAACGCUCAAAGCCCAGCCCAAUCGCUCGCUGGCGUACCGAGAAGACGUCAUGGAAGGCUCGGCCUAUGCUAGUCUUAGCACAGGUGAAACCCAUUACUAUCUGCUGGGCCCCCAAAACGGCGAGAAGCUUGUCUUCUUCCAAGGCAUGUCCAGCGUCAACGCCCUUCUGCUCCCCGUUCUUCGUCAGCUGGUCGACAACGGAUACAGAGUCCUCAUCUAUGACUACUACGGCAGGGGAUACUCGGAUGCCCCUCGAGUGCCCUACAAUGAGAGCCUCUACGUCACCCAGGGCCGUGAGCUUGUCGAGCACAUCGGCUGGUCCAAGUUUCAAGUCCUAGGCUUCAGCCUGGGCGGCGCCAUCGCUACCUCGUUCGCAUCCCAGUAUCCCGAGAAGGUGACGAGGCUGGCGCUUGCCGCCCCAGCGGGCUUAAUGGAGAGUCUCGCCCUUCCUGCCAAGAUUGCCCGACUUCCUGUCAUUGGUGACUUGUUCGCCCAGUCGGUCGCGCCGUUUAUUCUGUUUUACAUGAUGUAUCGCGGCUCCCUCCACCUCCAUAAGGCUCCCGAGCUGGAGCUUUGGCGAUCAGUGUCGUUCGACCAAGUGUUCAAGCACCCUGGAUUCAUGGCGGCGUACCACAGCACGCUUGUCCACUUUCCAUUCACAGGACUUGCUGCUCGCUAUGAAAAGCUUGGCGCACUCGGCUUGCCUGUCCUCCUCCUCUGGGGUACCAACGACCGGGUCGUACCCUAUAGACUCCACCAGAGAGUGAUGCAGCUGGUGCCCCAGGCCACCUUUGUAUCGAUUCCCAACACAGCCCACGAACUGUUCUAUGAAAGCCUUGACCAGGUAGCCAGACCUCUUCUCGAAUAUCUGCAAGCAAGCCGCAGCCAAUAGCCCCCAGCCGAGCUUCAGACCACCCCACGAACAUCAUCGCCGCACAAGCAGACACACAGGCCUCAUGAAACAUUGUAUAGAAUGCCGAGACUGGGGGACGGAGAGGCGUCUUCCUGUUCCCAAAAGAGCCGGAGUCGAAGGCAAAAGCAAGGUGUCCCGUUUCAUUUUGUGAUGCAAUAAAUAAACAAAAAUGGA